AUGUCACAGACUCACAGUUCACCAUUUUACCUCCUCGAGUUCACCAUGGAGAUCAGCACGAGCGUGGCAAGGUGCACUCGCAUGCCGUGCAGCCUCCAAGCCCUCGUGCCCACGAAGGCGAGGCAGACGCGGCGCCUGACGUGCAAGGCAACCGGCGGCCGCGUCGACCGCCGCGACGUGCUCCUCGGCCUCGGCAGCGCCGCGGCGGCCGGGCUGGGCGCGCAGCGGGGCCGAGGGGCGAUUGCCGCGCCCAUCCAGGCCCCGGACCUCGGCAACUGCAACCCGCCCGACCUCCCGAACACGGCGCCUGACACCAACUGCUGCCCGACGUCCGGCACCGGCAUCAUCGACUUCGUGCUGCCGCCGGCCUCCUCGGCGCCGCUCCGCGUGCGCCCGGCCGCGCACCUGGCGGACGCGGAGUACCUGGCCAAGUACGAGCGGGCCGUGGCGCUCAUGAAGCAGCUGCCCGCCGACGACCCGCGCAGCUUCGAGCAGCAGUGGCGCGUGCACUGCGCCUACUGCGACGGCGCCUACGACCAGGUCGGCUUCCCGGACCUGGAGAUCCAGGUGCACAACUGCUGGCUCUUCUUCCCAUGGCACAGGUUCUACCUCUACUUCCACGAGCGGAUCCUCGGCAAGCUCAUCGGCGACGACACCUUCGCGCUGCCCUUCUGGAACUGGGACGCGCCGGACGGCAUGACGCUGCCGGCGAUCUACGCCAACAGGUCGUCGCCGCUCUACAACGAGAGGCGCAACCCCGCCCACCAGCCGCCGUUCCCGGUCGACCUCGACUUCAACGAGAUAGAUGUCAUCAUCCCAACAGACGAGCAGAUCGACCAGAACCUCAACAUCAUGUACCGCCAGAUGGUGUCGGGUGCCAAGAAGACUCGGCUGUUCAUGGGGCAGCCGUACCGCGCCGGCGACCAGCCGGACCCUGGCGCGGGCUCCGUGGAGAACGUGCCGCACGGCACGAUGCACACCUGGACGGGCGACCCGGCGCAACCCAACAACGAGGACAUGGGCAACUUCUACUCGGCGGCGCGCGACCCCAUCUUCUUCGCGCACCACGGCAACAUCGACCGCCUCUGGCACGUCUGGCGCGGCCUCCGCCCCGGCAACGCCGACUUCACCGACACUGACUGGCUUGACACCGCCUUCCUCUUCUACGACGAGGAGGCCCGCCCCGUGCGCGUCCGCGUCCGCGACUGCCUCGACCCGGCCGCCAUGGGGUACGCGUACCAGGGCGUCGGCCUGCCGUGGCUGAAAGCCAAGCCGGCCAAGAGAUCCCGCAGGACGCCGGCGCCCGCCGCGGGCGCGCUCCCGGCGACGCUGAGGGAGACCGUGCGGGUGACGGUGACAAGGCCCCAGGUGUCGAGGAGCGACAAGGAGAAGGAGGAGGCGGAGGAGGUGCUGAUCGUCGAGGGGAUCCAGGUCGCCGACCACUUCAAGUUCGUCAAGUUCGACGUGCUGGUGAACGCGCCCGAGAGCGGAGGCGAUGCCGCGUCGGGGUACUGCGCCGGCAGCGUCGCGAUGACGCCGCACAUGGUCCGGACGAACAAGAAGAAGGGCUCCGUGAAGACGGUGGCGAGGUUCGGCGUCUGCGACCUCAUGGACAACAUCGGGGCAGACGGCGACAAGACGGUGGUCGUGUCGCUUGUGCCCAGGUGCGGCGGCGAGCUGGUCACCAUCGGCGGCGUCAGCAUCGGCUAUACCAAGUGA